UCCAGCAAAAGAUUGACUCUUUUAUGAAAUGGAAGGAGAAAGCCUAGGCAAUAAGCUCCAUACCAAGAUCGAAAUCAACCCCCAAGGCCAAGAACCACCGCCCCCAUCCUCAUCCGUACUCGACGACCCCGAUACGGAUAACCAGAUGGAAGGGAAACUACCCUUCUUCAAGUCACGGUACCGGCAGAGGGCGUCCGACACAUGGCUCAUCUCUCUCUUGGUCAUCUUCCAUCUCAUGACUUUUAUAACCACCACUCUCGUCAACUAUUUCUCACUUCCCAGUGUAUUCUUUCAGCCUCUCUCUGAGAAUCCCCUGCUUGGCCCCUCUGCUUCCACGCUAGACAAAGUUGGGGCACUUCGAAGGGUAUUUUUGGCUCAGAACCCCUUCAAUUGGCGUUUCUUCGUUUGCCCCUGGUUACAUGCUGGGAUCAUACAUUUUGUAAUCAAUAUCAGCUGUACGAUCUUUUUUGGCAUCCACUUAGAGAGAGACUAUGGAGCUUUGAGAAUUGGGGUAAUCUACCUGCUUUCUGCAUUUUCUGGUAGCUUGAUAUGUUCACUUUUUGUUAGAAGAAAUCCUGUGGUUACUUCCUCUGGUGCUUUGUUUGGAUUACUUGGAACGAUGCUCUCAGGGCUAAUCCGGAACUGGAAAGUUUACUCGAGCAGGUGCUUAAUUCUCGUUUUCCUCGUAUCGACUAAUGUCUAUCUCCAACUGAUGUUCACUUAUCCCUCCCUUUGUGGUUUAUUGCAGUGUGCAGCCCUAACAACUCUUUUCACAGUUAUGGUGAUGAAUUUCCUCCUCGGUUUGCUACCUUACAUUGACAAUUUUGCAAAUAUCGGAGCCUUUGUAUCAGGACUUCUACUCGGGUUUGUGCUUCUACUUACCCCUCAGGUUAGGCAAAUGUCUAAAAACAAAGCAGGGUUAUUUGAAUAUGGCGUCAACCGUGCCAAAAAUACUAUUAAAGUAAAGCAGAAGCUGGAGCUCGACAGGCUGAUCCUGAGGAGCAUUUCUCUUGUACUGUUUGUUCUUCUACUUUCUGGAUGUAUUGUAGCAGUAUUCCUAGGCAUUGAUAUGAAUCAGUAUUGCGGAUGGUGUAGAUUCAUUGACUGUAUCCCUUCCAAAAGGUGGAGCUGCAAUGAUGGACCAAAGACAUGUGAGAUCAUGAAGAGCAGCUCUGAGAUGACAUUGACCUGUUUGUAUAAUGGAAACACCAGGUUCUUCCCUUUCACCAACGUUUCACAGGCUAGGAUGAUGACUUGUGCGCUAUGAUAUGCUGAUGAUUGACUCGAAAUGAUCGUACCAACUCGAACAUGGACUC